AUCCUCGCUACCUCAUCGCUUUCGCUCUCUCCAACGCUCCCCCUCUCCUCUCGCCGCUGCACAAUCGCUCUCACUUCGCUGCCCGAAUCAUUUCCACAGCGCCAUCGACACGCUCGCCUAGCCGAUCACGUAGCAGAGUCAGAGGAGACGCACACAUCGUCCGACCGGCCCCCCGCGGCCCGUGCGCGUGUCCUUUCCCCCCUCCGCGCCUUCCCCUCCCUCUCCGCCCCUCCACCAGCCCCCUCCUCCAUCACAGACCGUGCUGAACGGACUCGCAUCUCUCCCUCACGACCUCGCUAUCACAAUCACCCCGGUCGCGAUGAUGCUGUCAGCCAUGUCUUUGAGUGUACCACCGGGUGUAGCGGCCCUGAUAAAAGGAAGUGGCCGUUACAACCCCCCGCUUUCGCGCAUGAGCACCGUCAGCACCGCAAGCACAGAGAGCAGCAUCACACUCAUCCCUCCCGGCGCGAUGUCGACCGCGUCCACCAUGACAUUGCCCACGUUUGAGGCCGUCUUUCCAACCGCCGGUCGCGCAAUCUCAAGAUUCUCCUUCCCUCGACUCCGCAUCGGCCCGCCACCCGUCCCCGAUGCAAAACUUUUAACGCGAAUCGCCACCCUCGCAUAUGGCACAGAGGAAGCCACGACCGCCGCGUAUGCCGCGGCCAUGGUUGGCGUGCGCCGAUACGCGGCCGCGUACAAGACAUCUGUGCCGCAGCGCUCUGUCGGCAGCGUGACGACAGAUGAGAGCGUGUUCGCAGCCCAGGCGGCGUGGACGCGUGGGCUGCACGACACCGCUGUCGCCUCGGCGCGCUGCCUGCUCCGCUGGGUAGAGGCUUCCUCUCCUUCCUCGUCCUCUUCUUCGGCCCAAGAGCUUGAGGCGAGUCGGGAGGAUGCGAGAGUGGUACAGAGUGCACUCGAGGAUGCGCUCCUCGCCAGUGUGUGCAUGUACACAGGCUUCCUCGAGCACGAGACGUUGCCUGCGCCUCUCGACACCGCCGUACAGGACAUGGAGGCGAAUCUCGCAACAGCAGCUAGCUCCCUCGACGGCCUUGCCACUCUUCUCCGCAUAGGUCACUGCGCGGUUCUCCACGUGGAGCGUUACAGGCUCGCCGCCGUCGACCAGGCGACUUUGGUGUACGGAUUGUUGCGCAAGUUUGUGCACGCCAUUGUGGCCGCGCGCGAUCAUCAGGAGCGCUGUGGGCGCGACGUGUGGGACGAGGAACGCUUCCGUCGAACAACAUGGGACACGACUGUCAUCCUUCUCAAGACGCACCUGUUGUUAUUCAAACUCUCAGUUGCGAUCUCGGGUCUUUUCGUCAACGAGAUCAGGAGAUACCGUGACUUUUCGCAGGAUGAGAACCCUAAGCCAUCGCACGCCGACAUCCGCAGCGUCGAGUAUGGCGGCUGGGCCGACAAGGCGCGCGACUCCUUCUGGGACGUCGUUGAUCUCAUGCUCUCCGUCGCACAGGAGCACGGCGUUGGCGUGCUGACACGCGUCGAGGAGGUCGCGGAAGAAACGGACGCCGAGGAGUCGGAGGAAGGUGCGAGUGACGAGGAGGUUGAAGAGGGCGAGGAGGGUGACGAAGUCGACGACGAGGAAGAAACGGACAUCGAUGCCACAGAGGACGAGCCCGAGGGGUUGGACAAGACGCUCCUCGCGCAGCUUCUCCUGUCCUUCAUGCGCUUCCGCGAGGUCAUGGAGGGCGUGUGGGACAACCACUCAUCGGAGCAGUUCGAAGCGUCCUUUGACCGGUUCACGCAGCCGCCAGUAUACGAGGAGGAGACGCAGGACGACGGGAGCGUGCGCAUGGUGCCGACCGCUGAUCGCAACUGGGAAGGGUGGGACAAGCUCGGAGUUGAGCUGUGCCGCGGGAUGAGCAAGGCCGAGCUCGCCGAGUUCGAGGAGCACAACCUGGACCCGGGCCUACACAAGCGCUGGCGCGCAAGGCUGCGCAAGGAGUCGCGGCCGCGGCGCUCGCAUUCAAGCGAGAAGCGGAGAGCAGACCACAGCGACGAGGACGAGGACGAAGGCGGGCGUGUCAAGCGGCGCAAGAGCUACCGCUAGUAGUGUAUCUUCUGGUAUUUGUGGGCAUAUAAUGACAUCUUUUGUGCCUGGGUAAUCGUUGGAAUCCACUCCUCGCGCUUUGUAAGAGGGAGGAGGAGGUAUGCAAAGCAUUUACGAG